AUGAAAACCACAUUAUUUCUCUUAUUCAUAUUGCUCUCUAAUGCUGCACCUUCACUUUCAGGAAAGUGCAAUCCGCAUGACAAAAGAGCACUUCUCCAAAUAAAGAAAGAACUCAACAACCCAACACUUCUCUCCUCAUGGAAACCACACACUGAUUGCUGCAACACAAAAUGGUAUGGUGUGGAUUGCUAUCCCGUUAAUAAUCGUGUAGUAUCUCUAACUAUCUCAAACAACACCCACGUUACCUCUCAAUUUCCACCCUCAAUUGGUAACCUACCUUACUUGGAAACCCUUUUUUUCUUCCUAUUACCAAACCUCACUGGCACAAUCCCACAUUCAAUAUCAAAACUCACAAAGCUCAAAUACCUCACAAUCAGCAAAACAAGCAUAUCAGGUCCAAUACCCAACUUCAUAACCACACUUAAAAGCCUCAUUAACUUUGAUUUAUCAUUCAACAACCUCUCUGGAACACUCCCUCACUCUCUUGACCAGUUUCCUAAUCUCUCAUCGGUUAACUUUGAAAACAACAAGCUUACAGGGUCAAUCCCUGAUUCAUAUGGGAAUUUCAAGAACAACCCAAUUGCUGGUUUAAUCCUCUCUCAUAAUCAACUCUAUGGGACACUCCCAUUGUCAUUGGCAAGGUUGAACUCUUCCAUUAUUGACUUGUCUCAUAACAGGUUUGAAGGUGAUGCCUCGAUGCUUUUUGGGUCCACCAAAGUGACAGUAUCAUUAGACCUUUCGUGGAACAAGUUUGAUUUUGAUAUGGGGAAAGUGAAGUUGUCUAAGACACUAAAUACGUUGGAUGUGAGUCAUAAUCAGAUAUAUGGGAACCUUCCUAUGGGAAUGGAAAAUAUAUUGAGUUUGAAUGUGAGCUACAAUAGGCUUUGUGGUGAGAUUCCAAAGGGUGGCAAAUUGCAGAGCUUUGAUGUGUACACUUAUUUUCAUAACAAGUGCUUGUGCGGAUCUCCACUUCCAAGCUGCAAGUGA